AUGGAUGCAAAAAACAUUACCUCAUUUGUUGAAUUUAUUAUUGUUGGAUUCUCAGAUUUCCCUGAUCUUCAGGUUCCCAUUUUCUUAUUUUUUGGCCUCUCUUAUACCAUUACAUUGAUAGCCAAUCUGUUCCUCACCACCCUGAUAUACUUGAGUCCCACACUGAAAACUCCAAUGUACUUCUUACUUUCCAACUUGUCAAUCUUAGAUGUUGCUUUUACAUCGGUUACUUCACCAAAACUGCUGUAUGGAUAUCUAGCUGCCGAUAACAAGAUAUCUUCCAUAGAAUGUGUAACUCAGUUUUGCUUUUUAGGUAUGUUUGUAACUACAGAGUAUUUGCUCCUAACCAUUAUGUCCUACGACCGCUACGUGGCUGUCUGUAGACCUCUACAUUACUCUGUUAUCCUAAGCGAGAAAUUUUGCACAACAACAGCCAUUGCGGUCUGGUUGAGUGGUUUAAUUGCUACAGUACCCGUAGCCGUCAUUGCUUCAUACAAUAUCUAUUGUAAAUCCAAUGUAAUUAACCAUUUAUUUUGUGACAUCUCAACAUUGUUAGAACUAACUUGCAGUGACACCACUGUUAUAAGGAUCAUUCUGCUUAUCGAAGGAGCUUUUUCUUUGCUUACUUGCUUCCUGCUCACUGUGACUUCUUAUAUCUACAUCAUAUCAUCUGUCCUUAAUAUUUCCUCUUCAAAAGGCAAACACAAAGCUUUCUCCACUUGUGCGUCCCAUCUCACCACAGUGAGCCUUUUCUACUUGGCGAUACUUGUCCUGUACUUCAUCCCAAAGGCAGUGACGACUCGGAAACAGCGCAAAGUGAUGACUGCUUUAUAUACAAAUGUUAUUCCGAUGUUAAACCCUUUGGUAUAUAGCUUAAGAAAUAAGGAUGUCAAGGAAGCCUUUGUGAAAAUUAUUAGACGCAAAGGACUUAAAUGUUUUUGGAAAUAG